AUGAGUAAAUACGAAUUAACGAGUAGAGGAUUCCUAUUUAAUAAUGUUAUAAACUCCAAGAGUAACUUAAGGCACUUGAACAAAAAUGUAGAAGCAGAAAUUAAAUAUUUGGGGGGGAAAAAAAAGGAAAAAAUUGGAGUAUUUGGGCAGGAAAAUUGUCAAAAUAGGGAAAACGCACUGUAUGGGGAAAAUUGUCAAAAUAGGGAAAACGUACCGAAUGGGGAAAAUUGUCAAAAUAGGGAAAACGUACCGAAUGGGGAAAAUUGUCAAAAUAGGGAAAACGUACCGUAUGGGGAAAUAUCGCAAAAUGGAGAAAAAUCGCUAAAUACGAAAAAUUAUGAACGGUCAGGUAAAAAGUACAACAUGUCAAAUGACGACGAAAUGACAAUAUCAAAUCUCCAAAAUUUUACUAAUGAAGGAAAUUACACAGGGAAUGAAAACAUAUCUGUUAAAGAGUUAAGUGAUGAAGAGGUCAACUCGGAAAAUGAGUAUAACAGGAAGAUAAAAAAAAAUAAAAAUAGUUCAUUAAAUCUUAAGGAAUUGUACUCGUACAAUGUAAAUAAUAUUGAUGAUGAUAUUUCGAAGGCGAAGGGCGCGCAAAAUUCUUCACAGAAUGAUAAAAUUUAUGAGCAAUUUUAUAACAAAUAUCAAGAGCAACAUACAAAUCAAAAUGAUAAUUUAUGUGCCAAUUUGAGUACUCGAAAAAUAUCAUACAGCGUUGAUGAAUGGAUAAGUAAAUUAUUAAAAUGCGAACUUCUAAACAUUGACGAAAUUAAAUUAAUGUGUACUCUUUUAAUUGAUAUAUUAAAAGAAGAACCAAACUGCAUUCAAGUCAGUGCCCCCGUGACCGUAGCUGGGGAUAUCCACGGACAGUUUUUCGACCUUUUGGAGCUCUUUCACAUUGGGGGGCUACCGCCGGAUGUGAGCUACCUAUUUCUAGGCGACUACGUAGACAGGGGGUACUAUUCGUGUGAGUGUUUUUGCCUUGUCGCAUGUCUAAAAAUUAAAUAUCCAAAUAAAGUUACUAUACUAAGAGGAAAUCAUGAGAGUAGACAGAUAACAAAGGUAUAUGGUUUUUAUGAUGAAUGUAUAAGAAAAUAUAACAAUGAUAAUAAUGCAUGGAAAUAUUUAACAGAUGCUUUUGAUUAUUUACCAUUAACAGCUAUUAUAAAUAAGGAAAUCUUCUGUGAUCAUGGAGGUAUAUCACCUUAUGUACAAACCAUUCAAGAAAUCAAUUCAUUGAAUCGAUUUAAAGAAAUACCACAAGAAGGUGCUAUAUGUGACUUAUUAUGGAGUGACCCAGCAGGACCUGAGGAUGACGUAAGUGAAGGAUGGAAAGUAUCUCCUAGAGGGGCAGGUGUAUUAUUUAAUGAAGAUAAAACCAAUACAUUUUUACAUAUGAAUAAUCUUAGUUGUAUAUGUAGAGCUCAUCAAUUAGUACAAGAAGGAUUUCAAUGGAUGCAUAACGAUAAAGUGGUUACAAUAUUUAGUGCACCCAAUUAUUGUUAUCGAUGUGGAAACUCAGCUUCACUUAUGAUUGUUGAUGAAUUUAUGGAAAAAGAUUUUAUAACUUUCAAUACUGCUCCUCUACGUGCAAAUGCACAAGCCUUAAGAAGGAGCGUUCACUAUAUGCUAUGA